GCGUAAUGGUAGUGGGGUAGUGGUAUUCAAGCUGAUGUGAUUGACCUCUGCGAUUAUUCGGAAGCCCUCUAACCUAAACAGGUCCUGCUAUGGUGAGGUGUGUCAGCGAUGACGGAUGUGGAGGCGACCUACGAGGACUUCAUCACCUCUCGACGGUCUGGUCGCAGGAAUGCCAUCCAUGAAAUCCCAGCAACCCCUGGAGUGCAGGGACCCACUGACCUGUCACAGAGUCUGGGACAGCUUAACAUCAACAAAUCAGGUGAUGAGGAAGAAAACGCUGAGAAAAGCCAGGACUCUCCAGCUGAAGAAGAGGAGACUCAAGCCACUACACAACACUUCCAGGGAAUCCAGGAUAGUGAUUGGACACCUACUUUCCCUACGCUCUUAUUGCAUCAACACCUGCAUUUAUCUGAGUUAGGAACUUGAUCUGCUCUUUAACUCUGUCACAGUGGUCAUGCAAAAGUUGUAUCAAAAGAGCAACUGUGUUCUGUUUCACUGGCUACUUUCCUGCUCUUACACACUGACCCACAACCUGUUAUAGCCCUUUUUGUGUCCACUGCCAGGCCUAACAGAUGCAGCUGGUGUCUGCUUCUGUUAGAUUAUGCCUGAGUACAGCAUUUUUAAAUUAUUUUGUUGCCAAAGUAAGUCAUCUAUACUGUUAUUUCUUAUUUUUAUAUGUUCAAAACAUUGUAAAGCUUGUCCUAGGUCUUUACAUGGGAAAUUAUUUUCUAAUAUUCAGUAUUUUGAAAAUGCAACUUACUGAUGAUUUACCUAACUAUGAUUUACAAUGGUAUUUUGUAUGAAUAAGGCAUUUAUCUAAAAUAUUCUUUGUGACUUUGACUCUUCGACUUUCAUUCUUUGAGUCAUUCAGAUAGUUGUUAAUAGUUAUGGAAUUUAUUUUUUUUAAAUAAUGUUCUUCUAUUGCAAUACAUCUUAUGUAAAACUAAAUCUUGUUUGGUUACAAAGUAUGUUAACUCAUAUUUAAUUAUCCAUUUCAUUCUCUGUGGAAAAGUCUUCGGUCUUCUGUGAUGGCGAUGGAUGCAGGAGUUUGCCAUUCUAAGUACAAGGUGUAAAGAUUUCAUAUUAUACAUACAAAUUUGUUGAUAUUAUUGCUGUAUCCUUGUUACCCAACAUUAGAUAAAUGCACUGCCUUCCACUAAGCAUAUCCAAAUUUGUGUCCAUGAGUGUGUGUAUGAGGGUGUGUAUGAGGGUGUGUGUGUUUUAAAUACAAUUUGUUUGUGGUGGAUGUUAAGAUGAAUAACUUAUUUGCUGCUGGAGAUUAGAAAAAUCCUAAUACUGACUGCACCGAGUACACUAGUGUGUUAUUUAUCAUUAUUAUUGUUUAUUAUAGAUCUGUAUGUGUAUGUGUGUGUACAUACAUCAUGUCCUGUGGCUUAUCGGGUGUCUGCUAGAAUGAUUAUUAUUCCCAUUUCUUUAUUGUUUCAUAGUGACAAAACCAUCCCUCUCAAUACUAUAAUGGUAGCUAUGGUACACUGUCUUGUUUUGUUAUACCAAUCAAAUAUAUAGAUAUGCACUCUAAAAAUUUCUCUUGAAUUCAUGCUGUAUAACACUCAAAUAUUUUAAGAUUUAUUUUUAACCCAGAGACAUUAUCUGAUCAUUUGAUUUGUUUCUGUCUUGUUUUGCAUUUUAUGGCUUAAAUCUGAAAGUUAAUGACCUUUUACAAUGUACUUACAGGUGAAAAAUAUUUUGUACAUUGAGUCAGAUAUAGUGUCAUUUAAUGACCAGCAUUGUUGGUGACCAAGAACACCCAUGAGUAUGUUGUAUUUUUUGUAUUAUUAUUUCCUGGCAUUCGUUCAUGAGUCACGCCCCUGUGUUGUCAGUUACCUUUCUGUAUU